AUGGACACGUCGACUGCGGGCCGGGACGCUCGACGCGGUCUCACGUGCUGGCUACUGGAUACGCGUUCACUAUGGCCUGGCAACAAGAUCACAGAUUCAGAUUCAGCAAGAGAAGCGUUGGCCUUGCUCAGCCCUGAAGAGCAAUCCAAUGUAACGCGCAAAUAUCACAUUGCCGAUGCCCGCAUGUCUCUUGCUUCGGCCCUGCUGAAACGCGUCUUCGUCCACCAGACCCUAGGAACUCCGUGGCAGGAAAUCAAGUUUAGUCGAAAGCGCGACCCCAAGCAUGGCAAACCCUGCGCUGUCCUUGCCAAUGGCUCCCCCGCCCCCAUCGAAUUCAACAUCAGCCACCAGGCCGGCCUCGUCGCCCUCGUAGGCUGCAAGACAGACGAUGGAGACGUUGAAUUAGGCGUAGACAUUGUAUGCGUCAACGAACGCAACGAACUCAAUACCAUUGACCAAGAAGGCUUCGACGGCUGGAUAGACAUUUACACGGAUAUCUUCAGCCACGAGGAAUCCUUCGACAUGAAAUACACGGGGCUUUCCUUUCCCCUCCUCGACGGCACCAUGAUCACGCCUGAGGCGCUGGGCCGGCACGACCGCUGUUGCACACGUGGUCGAGACUUGUCUCUGACGGUGGCCAAUGGCGAGAGCAGGACGGUGAGUAGUGAUUUAUUGAUUGAUGCCAAACUACGCCGCUUCUACACGUAUUGGGCGUACAAGGAGGCCUUUAUCAAACUCGACGGCGAGGCUCUCCUCGCGCAAUGGAUUCCGCGACUGGAGUUUAAAAAGGUGCGAGCGCCUGCUCCCGGGAGCCCUGCACGGUGCAGUACGCAUGGUGUUUGGGGGGAACGGGUGAGCGAGGCAGAAGUCUGGUUCACGGCGAAGAAGGGAGGAGAGGGGCCGAGGGGGGUGGAAGGGGUGGAAGGGGAGAGUAGGAGGUUGGAGGAUGUGAGGAUGGAGAUUGUGGGGUUUGAAGAGAGUUUCAUGGUUGCGGUUGCUAUUAGGGGAGUGGUUGAUGGUGAUGAGGCGGGGUUGACGGCGUUUGAAGCGUUGGAUUUGGAGAAGGAUGUGUUGGGUGGCGUUUGA